GGUUGCCAGUUCAAGACUUCCUAUGGUAUGAAGGAUAUGGAACGUCAUCUGCGAACACAUACAGGAGACAAGCCCCAUAAAUGUGAGGUUUGUAACAAGUGCUUCAGCCGUAAAGACAAGCUGAAGAUGCACAUGCGUUCGCACACCGGCGUGAAGCCCUACAAGUGCAAGCACUGCGACUACGCGGCCGCCGACAGCAGCAGCCUCAACAAGCACCAGCGCAUCCACUCCAACGAGCGGCCCUUCAAGUGCCAGAUCUGCCCUUACGCGAGCCGCAACUCCAGCCAGCUCACCGUGCACCUCCGAUCCCACACAG